AUGGAUUUUUUUAGACAAUUAAAUAAAAAUGUGCAGCAGUCCUUUUCUAUACUUAAUGAAGGUAUACUCAUAACCAAUGGAAUUCUUGACAUAAAGAAUAAUCAUUUACCUUACUUGCUACAGUUAAGCCUUUUGGAAUCUAGAAAACGUCACGGGAGUAAACGGUGUUGUUUAUUUGAUGAAUAUUACCAAUAUGAGGAUUCCACAGACUUGGAUCCUACAUCGCCUGCACAUUUUCAAGAUUCCACUCCAAAAUCUCCGUUUAAUAAAGAUGAAGAGCUAAAAGAUAAAUCCGGUUCGAUUAUCACAACUAAAGAUGAUAGGGAAUUGACACCUGUUGAUGGAAAGGUGUGUAUUUUGAAAGAAAACUGUUUACUGCGGAAAAUUACGCUUUCACAAUAUAAAGAAAGUAUUGAAUUCAUUAAAAACUUUCUAGAUACGUUGCAAAAUGUCCUGAGUCACUCUACGGCUGCAUCUCGUAACUUGGUUGAGACUCAGGCAACUCCAGUGCUGUAUGAUAUUUCUCGCUUGGUGGAUGUUCUUAAAUUUAUAAAAGAUUGUGGUUCUAGGUUGGAUACAAUUUUUGAGAAUAAGUUUGAUAUUUACAAAUUACUAUUGUCUAUAAUUACCUCCAGCUUAAAACAACUUAAUACUAUUGUCCAAUAUCCACCUUCAUUGUUAUCACUGAAACAGGAAGAUAUUGAAUAUGACAAUUGUAGAAUUGAAGAGUUAAAAUACGAUUCUGUUCUAAAUGACCCAGAUGCCGGUAAUUACACUGAUUUCGAUUUGAUAGGUUCCUUGACCAUCAUUCAUAUGGACGACUCUGAAAAGCAGGAACUAGAUCAAUACUUAUCGUUUAUCGAUUCAAUAACACAAUUUUCAAGCAAUGCAAAAACAUUAUUUCAUUCACUACACAUUUGUUUUGAAGAUCAUGAUCCCACUUGCAAUGAACUUACUUACGAGUUGUUAGCCUUGUUACAAAAGUUAUUCACAUACAAUGAUAUCAAUUGGAAUAUAUCACGGAAAAACUCGAACAUAUUGUAUUUGCGCAAGAGGUUUGAGUAUUAUUCGUGCAAUUUUUACCUUUGUCACAAUGGUAUAUGCUAUGAUUGUGGAAAACAAAUGAAACUACCAGGACGAACAAACUCUGAGUGUAGCAUAAUUUAUUGUGAUUGUUUUAACGCAUGGAGUAUGAAUAAUAUAAACAACCCUAGUGAUAUUUCUGGAGAAGUUGUCGGAAAUGAUGGUACGAACAUAAAACUCCUAUUGGAUAUAGUGAGAUAUAUAAAAGAAUCUGAUGUUAAAACGAUAGUCAUUGAACUUAUAUUGCAAUUUUUUAUACACAUAAAUUCAUUUGAGUCAUAUUUUUAUCUCAAUGGUGGGAUAAAUGUCAUAUUGGAUAUAUUGGAUAAUUUCUACACAGAUCAGUUCUAUUUGUGGCAUUCAUCACUGAGUCAAAUUAGAAAUGAGACAAUUUCUGAUCAGAAUGCAUUUAUAGAUGGAAAUGAUAUCAAAAUAUUAACAACUUUUGCUCCAGGCACUGUAGACUCAUUGUUAAUAAUUCAUCAUAUGCUGCAACAAAACACCUUGGAACAGGAAAAAAAUAUUAUACAAUGCGUUGUUAAGUAUGCAGAGGUACUACUUCAAAUUUUUACAUUUUAUAAAUGCAGUUUUGGAACAUUUGAAUCAACAUCUAUUGUUCCACAAGUUUUGUAUCUAGUUCUGGAUACGUGUAUCUGGUUAUUAAUACCAAAUUCUUCAGGAAUGAUUGUAAACUAUAAUUCCUCUACUUUGGAAAUUAUAUAUAGGGUUAGCGAGGUGUUUAAUUUUGAUAAUGAGGAUGUAUGGAAGGUUAUGGCGGGAGAAUUGUUACAACUAUCCAUUUUUUCUUUCAUCAUUUUAUUGAACAAUGCCAAAUUUGGCGCUAAUUUUGAUUCUUCUAUACUAUAUAAGCUCUCUUCAUUUUUGACACUGUUAUUUUGGGCUUCAGGUUCGCUUUAUACGUCUUAUGAUGAGAAGAGUGUUUUAAACACAUUGCUUCAUCCAAUUCCACAAAAUCAUCCGGUUUAUAAAUACAUGUUUCUUGAACUACAUAAAAAGGAGUCAAGUUUUCAAAUACCAGAUUCAGAAAGCAUCAAACUGUUGCAUGAGCUUCGAUUAAUGACCUUUAACAACGUGGACACAUCAGCGGCUUUACAUUUAACAAUAUGUCUAUUGGAUGAUUUAUCCUUAUACGUACCGGAUUCUCUUCGUAAAUGUAUUUUGGAUAGUUGUGCAAAGUUGGGGAUUUUUGAAUCUACUCUUUCCGGAGAUUUAUGCAAAUAUGUAUCACUAGUAUAUAAUGAUUUUUUGGUCGUACUUGGGAAUGAGAUAGAUUUCCCUGACGAUGAAAAAAUACUUGAUUCAUACCAAAAUUUCAUUAAAAUGUACGUGGAUAUCUUGAUUGCGUUAUUUUUGAGAAAUCAAGUUGAUUCUUCUAACAUAAAAUUCGCUGAAGGUGGUCCACUUUAUUUGAUUUUAAAGGCAUUGAAACUCAUAGUAAAAAUUAUAUCUACUGAUUACAACCCUAUUUUUGAACAUUUUAUUUUGUCGUUUCUCAAAUUUCUCUUCUUUUUUGUUUUUUCUGGGAGAGAAGAUUUGGUAUUCGAUUACGGACCGUUAUUAGAUUUAAUUUUUCUAGAUAAAACGACUUCAACAUUGUCUAAUGGAAUUUUGUCCAUAAUAUUAUCAUUUUUGAUCGCAAAAGACUUUAUUCAGAUAAAUAGGAAAAUAUCCCUUGUGAUACCAAAACUUGCUAGAAAUAUAAAUUUGUUAUAUUCAUCCAAGGAAGUGCAAUCUGCAGAGUUUCUAUUAAUGGAAACAGAUAUAAUUGUACCAAUAGAUUCCCUUUCAUUGCAGUUUGAAGAUGUUUACAAUAGAUUUUUAAAGGAAAUGGGAUCUAUGCACGUUACGAAUAUAAUUUCUCUAUUAUUCUGGUAUCGCAACGAUUAUUUUGGUUUUUCUUUCCCCCCUUAUAUUUACAAAUGUAUAACCUUGUUUCGUAUUUAUCUUCACUCCCAUGUUUUUGACUUUAUUACAAGGAAAUUCCUUCCAGAUGCCUUUUUCACUUCAGCAUUCUUAUCUGAUUCUGAAGUUCGUACUAUGGAUGCACUUAAAUCGGUACAAAUGAGAGAAAUGCAAUUUUCUCAUGAAAAGAUAAAACGGCUGGAACAACAACUGAGGAUUUUAUCAAAUUUUCACCAUCUUUCCGAUUUGCAUUUUAAGCAGGUGAACGACAGAAUUAGUUUUCUAGAGGAGGAAAACAAAAUCCUGCGCCUCAACGUAGAUAAAACUACGGAUAAUUAUAUUAAGGAGAAUAUCGCACUUAAGACACAGCUUGCAACUAACAUUUUAAAGUAUCAAAAGCUCGAGAAUAAACAUAACGAGCUACUAAAGUAUAUCGGUUCUCUAUCGCAACAUAAUACCAAAGAUAAUGCUAAGGCAAGUUAUAAACUGCAGAAAAAUUAA